CCGAGACCUUCGCUUCUGCAUCCAUAUACAUAUCCUACUUUCGCUACUAAUUUAUUAAUACUCGCCCGUCUCGUCUCCCUAUCCGACACUCACGGUAAGUCCACCCUUCCCUUCACAUUCCACAAUCCACCUUCCCCCGGGGGACGCCCUUGUCCGCACUUGCCUCCCCAUACCUCAGAUGCAUGCUCCCUCAGUCUUCAUCCAGCCAACAGCAACAAUAACAACAACAAAAAGCUAACAUCUGUUAUCCAAGAUUGUCUUCUUGCCUCGCCAUAUCAACACCAUCACCAAACUCUUAUCAACCCAAUUCAAUAUCCAUCAAUAUGCGUUCCUCUCUCGCCCUCUCCCUUCUCGCCGCCGUUGGCUUCGUGGCAGCCCAGGAGCAGUACACCAUCGACCCCAACAGUGUGCCCAAGAACACUAGAGACUACUGGUGCAAGAUGUCUAAGACCCAGUGCCCUCUCAUCUGCCUCCAGCAACCCGGUGUCAAGACCUCCAACACUAUCAACAACGACUGCGAUGCCGAUGCUCUGACCUACGCUUGCACCUGCGAUAACAACGUCUCCCCCAAUAUCACCAUGUACACUCAGACCCUCCCAUACUUCAUCUGCACCGAGUGGGGCACCCAGUGCCGUAAGGAUUGCGGCUCUGACAACACCUGCGCCGACAAGUGCACUGCCGAUCACCCUUGCGGUGCCUCCGAACCAUUCAAGGGCAACGCUUCCGCCUCUGCUUCUGCAUCAGGCACUCCUUCGGCUACCUCAUCUGGUAGCGGUGGUGCCGAUUCCACUGCCCCAGUUGAGGCUCCCUUUGGUAACAGCGGCAACGAACCCGAACGCAAUGCUGCCUCCACCUUGACAACCUUCGGUGCUACCUACGGUAUGGCCAUGACUCUUGUCGGUGUCUUCGCUGGAGUCGCCCUCUUGUAA